CUACGGUUAUGAAUGAAGGGUCGUAUCUUUUGACAUGGGAGGAAAAACUGUUUAACUGAAAAUAACUGCCAAAUCAAAAAAAUGUUCCCGGCACUAUAUAACUGCUAUCAUGGCACUGCAUUAGAAGCCGGUGACAUUGUACAAAACUUUGUCUACCCCUCGCUGCUGCAAUUCCAAAGCUUUAUGGAUAAUAAUCCCAAGGAUUCUUCAGCAAGUUCCCCUAAUCGUGACGGCCAAAGACGCAGCCCUCAGCAUGCAAAUUCUGGCGAAGAUGAAGCCGGCGGUCCACCACCCACCGAACACCAGAGGCCAGAACAACACGAGACGGGUGGUACUGCGCCCGAAUCUUCUACUGCGGUCUUGCAAACUGCCACUGAAAUACCUGCUGCUACCCAAGAGAGACAGAGUACUAUAAGAGUGCAGGUAGAGGUCGUUGGUGGCGAUGGUUCCGGACAACGGGGCCGUGGAGCGAAGAGAUCCCGCGCCGGAGAAGAGGGGGCAGGGCCUAGCGGGACCAAGGCCAAGAAGAAGCCACAGGAGUUUGAUGCACCGGCUGUUGCCUCACCCUGUAGUGUUUGUGGCAGACGGUUUGGGUCGUGGAAGGCGCUCUUCGGCCAUAUGCGGAGUCAUCCGGAUAGAGACUGGCGAGGGAUUCACCCGCCGCCAAGGUUCAACCGUGAAGGAACGCCUGAAGGGGCGGAUGAUGAUCAGGAACCUGACGACAAUGUGGUAAGGGAACAAGCGGAGAAUCUACUCUUGGGGGUGGCGCAUGAGGUUGCUGCACGGUUGGGAGCGGCACCAGAACCUGGCAAGGCAGCUGGUGAAGCGCCAGGGGUUGCAGGACGAGAUGUUUCUGGUUCUCCAGGAGCGAAAACGACAGAUGAGGGAGGAAAAACGGAGACAGAAACAGGGCAUAGAUGCACUAUUUGCUCACGAGUUUUUUCAUCUGGUCCAGCUCUUGGUGGGCACAUGCGCAGCCACUCCGACAGACAAGAUCAGGCUGCAUUGUCUUCAUCUACUCAACGGAGAAGGGGUUUGGGCAUUGACUUGAACUUGCCAAAUGAGCCAGACGCUGAACCACCAAGAAGCCCUUCCUCUCCUACGCCUCCUCCUCCUGAGAGAAAGGAAGGAGGGUUGGAUUUGAACAGGCCACCUCCGCCGAGUGAUGAGGAGUGAACCCACCUCGCACUGUCUCUGUCUCUGUCUCUCUCUCUCUCUCUUUUGUCUUUCCAAUAAAGAGGGGACCUAUCUUUCUCUCCACUGAAUAAGGUUGGCUGUUUGGGAUUAUUUUCUGUUAGAACAUCCAUCUCUUUCCGGAACCCGUAGACAUUUCCUGGGGUUGUUUGUUUGUUAUUAAAUAAAUUCAUUUUCCGAUUC